AUGGGCCGCGGGCGUCCGGGCGCCCCGCGCCCCGCCGCCGUCCAGGACACCGGCGGCAGCAGCGUCGUCAGCAAGUGCUCGGCGGCGGCGCGGGGCUACAUCCAGGACCGGUUCCUGCGGCUCCUGGUGGGGCGGCGGCGGCGGCGGCGGCGAGCGCCGCUUGUCCACCGGGGUUAUUACAUCCGCACCCGUGCUAUAGAUCACUGUGUUCAAGACUUCCUGCUGAAGACCCAAAGCCACCCUAGGACACAGAAGAGCACAGAGAAUCUGGCACUACUGUGGCUGUCCAUUUGUCACUUUGACAGAAAUAUCUGGGAGGGGGCAGUAGCUACACAAAAUUCUUCAACCUCUUGCAGGAGAUUGCCUGAUUUUGUCACUCUGCAGAUGAUGUUAUUGAGUAUUUUUCACACCUAG